GCCCUUCAGAUUACAAGUUCAGGAUGCACACCAAGUAAUGUGGCAAACUUUAUAAUCAAUAACAGGGGAAGGAUAUUUAAGCUCUUCGGGAACUGGUGUCAUUCUGUCAUUACUGAUGAGCAUUUUGAGACAGAGUUUGAUUUAAACCGACAUAGGUAUGGCUUUGUAUGACAACCAACAUUGGCUUUUAUCUCACAUUCGGGACAGCUUCAUAUCCACAGAUGACACAGGUGCUUGUGAAAUGGUCAUGCUAGGAGAAGAUUUGCCAAAACAACUAAAAGCCAAUGGUGUCCUAGAAUGUUAUCCGGGAAUGGAGGACAGUGAUGAUGAGGACAUCGAUGCAAUGGCAGAGUCUUAUGAUAUACAAAUGGAUAUGGAAUUUGGGCAUAGGCCACGUUCAAAUACAGCACAACGUUUGGAAAAAAUGGAUCUUGAGAGGAAAAAGGCAGCAGAAGUGAAGCAUGUCAAAUGGGAAAAUAAUCCAAGCUCUGUUCCAGUAGAAAUUCAAUCAGAGUUAUUUCAGCGCAAAGAUUUUCGCAAGAAAAAAGAAGUGGCUGUCGACAAACGACAUUCACUUCUUUCGGAACAAUUAGAAAAAUGUCCAAAUCUACCACAGAAUCCAUUCACUGACUACGCUAGAUUUGAUGGCAAUGCACAGAUUGGUACGCCAGCUAAGAAGUACAGAAUAUUCAUGUCUAUGUUACCCAAAGAGCAGCGUACGUAUCCCAUACAGGUUAUGGUCUUAGCAACAGCAAAAGUGCGUGAAUUUAUUGGAUUAAUUUGUUACAAAUAUACUACGGAGCACCCUGACAGUCCUCUCAAGAUAGACAUCGAUAAAUAUGGCCUUUACAUCACCGAAGACGAUGGCGAAGUAGAUUGGGAUUUACCUUGUCUUGACCCCAGAGAAACCAUUUCAAAGUUUGGCUUCACUUGCUUAGGUUUGAAAGAAAUGACACCAGCAGACAGAGCUCGGCAUAAUACAAUCGUUUCUAAGGCUCCUCAGCAUGAAGAACAUCCUGAAGGACAAGAUGCGGAACAAGAUGCUGUUGCUGAAGAUCUCGCAAAAAUGGAGGGCCAUACAACUGCAAUGGAAGCUCCGUUGUAUCAAUUAUAUAGGGUACAUAUGAUAAAUAAAGUGAGAGCAAAGACUGAAAUCCAUUUAGGAAUAUCCGGUGAAAAAAUUGAGAUCGAUCCAGUAAUAACUGGAAAGGGUGCUGGCCGAUUUUGGAACAGGCAAAGAGCCGUUAGUUAUCAUAUUGACAGUAUCGCGUGGUGCGAAGUAGUGGAGAGUAAAGGGCCAAAAGCUACAUUCACCCUCGUUUAUACACUACAUUCUCAAAAUUCUGAAGCAAUCAUCGGAUCUUCUGGGCAAACGAAUCCUCUUAACCAAUCGGCAUCAUUCAAAAAUCACGAUUUUGAAACAGAUUCCGCUACAGCUGAGGAAAUAGUCCGAAAAAUUAAUCAUAUCUUGGAAAUGCGGAGUGGUACGUCAAGGAAAGAGUAUCUAGCCCAACGAGAGCGAAAAGCUGCGAGACGUAAAAAUUUCCAUUUGCAUAGAUGACAGCUCUGUCAAUUAUUUUGGUUCAUUUUUGAAUAUUUGAAAAAUUGACCUACCUCCAAGACAAUAUCAUCAUGUUGGAAAUGAAAUAACGUACGGCCAUUUCCGCAGGGGGUAAGAAAUUACGAUGCAUAUUAAAAUAUUUACAUCACCGGCGGAGAUUUUUCAUAAAUAAAAUUUAUAUCAAAUUUAUUUCACCAUUUGAUGAAGGUUGUGAAUGUCAAUGGAUUUUUAUAUGAUAUUGUUAAUUAUUAUUACUACUCUACGUGAGUAUUAAUGUAAAUAGCGUUUUCAAAUUGAUAUUUAUCCUAAAAUCAUUAUAUCAUGUACAUUUUUUUUGUUGGGAACAACAACCAAUGCUUUGUUAUUAUAGGUGAUUGCAACGCGUAGUUUUACUUUAUAGUUAAUGUAACUGUGAUAUCGUCAUUUGAGUUGCUCCCAUCAAUUUUCACAGCUCCAAGUAUUUUCAAACUCAUAAUCCAAUCACAAAA